AUGUGGACCAAGUCUGCGCACCUUUGUCCGUUUCCUUCACGGAACCGCGUGAGCUCUGUGAUUGUCUCCGUCGUAGCUACCGUCGCUUCUGCUCAGGUCGAAGCUCCAGCUCCAAGUCCUACUUCCGGAUCCGGUGCUUUCUCGCCGUCGUUCGUGUCAGCUGGAGUUGCAGCUGUUGCGGCUCUUGUGUUCGGUUCUGCUCUUAGGAUCUAA